UCCCCUUGGGCACUGAAAAAAGUUGGAAAAAAGUACAUCGAUAUGUCUCAUCAAGUGUCCUUAGAAGAACUAGAACAGGAGCCAUUUGAUGCGCAUGAAUUUGUCGAGAGAAUAGCAUGGAGAACAAUUCACAAUAGAGACCAGGCACAGUUUAAUCCAAUGCUUCUACAUACAGCUUUUGAAAAGAUGAUUAAAGAUCUGGAGGGAAAAAAUUCACAAAUAGAAAAGAAAAUUGAAAAAUUAGAAGAAAAUUGUAAAGACGAGGAAAAACGUCAUUGGCAUAGAGUAGCUGAACUUCAAAAGAAAAACCAGUCAACAUAUUCCCACUUCCAAGUUUUAGAUGAGAAGAUAAACUUAGUAGCGACCAAAGUAGUACACUUGGGAGAUCAACUAGAAGGUGUAAAUAAUCCCAGAGCCAAGGCAGUCGAGGCUAAAAAGUUGAUGAGCUACAUGUCAGAAUUUUUAUCUGAUGGUCCACCUAAAUCAGAUCUCUUCACAGACCCUGCCAAGUUGGAGCAAGCUGCAGACAUCAUACAGAAAUUAUACCAUGUGGCAUUAGAAUUACCAUCAAAUGAAAGUUAUGACAAUGCAAGAAAGAAGAUUUGGGACAAAUACAAUAACAUUGAGAGUGAAUUGAUUAAGGAAUUUACAAAGGCUCACACUGAAGGGGAUAAGAAGAAAAUGAAAAGGGUUGCUAUGGUUUUAUCUAAUUUUAAGGGAUAUGGCCAGUGUAUUGAUGCAUUUAUUGAAGAAGCUCAGAGGAAUGCAUUCUACAAAGCAGACCUGUUUGAUGAUAUUGUACCAUGUUGUAGUAGAACUAAUGAACUUAUAACAGAAGUGUUCAGUAAUCAUGAUGCUGUCAUGGCAAAGUUUGUACAGAAUAUCUAUCACAAUAAAUUACAGAAAUACAUUUAUUCCAAACUUGACAAUGAAAUAGAUCCUGAGGUUUACUUAGACAGCUUGUAUAAACUGUACACCAGAACAAUCAAGCUAUCAGAAGAAUUGUCACAAUUCAAAAUGGGAAACGACAGUCUGUUCCUGGCUAAACUUACUAAAAGUAUUUUCCACAAACAUCUUGAUGCUUAUAUUGGGUUUGAAACAAAGUACUUGAAAGAAAGAUGUGCUGCUCAUCUUCAACGUUAUUAUGAAGUGAAUGGCCACCAAAAGAAACAGAUACAAUCAGGCGGUAUAACAGAAUUACGUCGUGACUUACAAGCAAAGAUAGGUACAAUGACAAAGACAGGGAUUAAUAUAGGUCCAACGAUUGAGAAUUAUGGUGGGGAAACAUUUCUAUCACAGGAAGUUACGAUUAGUAUCCUACAGGAAUCAAAGAAUGCAUUCAAAAGAUGUCAUGUGUUAUGCACCCAUUCUGAUUUGGCAGGAAAUGCAGAGAAGAUAUUAUGUGUACUUAUACAGUAUUUAGUAUUGGAGCAUAUUGAUUAUGCUGUAGAACUAGGACUUCAAGCCAUUCCGUUACCAGAUCCUAAAAGUCAACCAGAAAUCUAUUUCUUUGAUGUAGUAGGACAGGCCAAUACUUUGUUUCAUCUAUUUGAGAAACAGUUUCAGGAUAGCUUGAUUCCACUAGUUCUGUCCUCACCCAAACAUAGCCUUUGUUUACAGAAGAGGCGACAGUUACGUGAACAGUUAGAGGGUAAGAUAGAUACUGGUUUAGAUAGAGCAGUGGCAGCUGUGGCAGGCUGGGUCAGAAAUAUACUGAGUGCCGAACAGAAGAAGACGGACUUCAAACCAGAAGAUGAUAGCGUACUAGGACAGAUGAACACACCAGCCUGUGCCAAAGUAGUGAAGUUUAUUUCAUCAAUAGCACAGACUAUACACUCCUAUUUAGAUGGGAAGAAUGUUGAAGUUGUGUUAACAGACUUAGGUACCAGAUUACACAGAGUUAUCUUUGAACAUCUUCAGCAGUUCCAGUAUAAUUCUUUAGGAGCAAUGUUAGUCAUCUGUGAUGUAAAUGAAUACAGAAGAAGUAUAAAAGACUUCAAGAUUCCUCUUGUGUUAGAAUUGUUUGAGAAGUUACAUGCUCUGUGUAACUUGUUAGUCGUGGUACCAGAUAACCUGAAACAGGUCUGCAGUGGGGAACAGCUGGUUGGUUUAGAUAAGCAAGUGUUGAUGGGUUUUAUACAACUUAGAUAUGACUUCAGGACAGCGAAACUGGCAAAUGUACUUAAAUAAGAACAACUUUGAUUAUUAAUUGAGUCCAGUAACAGUUGGUGCAUCAGACUUCAACCAUCUUUAGCAUAUGGGACAUACACAAGUGAAAUCAUUUAAGACUGUGAUGAAUGUCAGUUUAAGAAUGAAUGAUGUUUUAUUAAUGGAUUACAUUUUCAUUGCUAAGAAGAUGAAGAAAGGUAUUUCAUAUAUGUAUGGGGAAAGUGCAAUAAAUAUUAUCUGAGUCAUAAUUGUAUUUUAUUUCAUAACAAGCCUAAAUUUGUAUUUAAGUUUCAGGUUUGAUUACUGUUCACAAGAAUUUCACUUUUUGUAUAAAACUUGUAUACAUAAUUUUACUAAAAACUGUAUAUUGUGAACCUGUAAGAUUUAGGGAUAUCUCAUACAAAGGGAAGUAA